AGCCCAUAAAAAAUCUGGUGGCUAGAACGCUACUAUCGUUAAGCUGAUUGGGUCCCCAAACACCUCCCUCUUGACUCUUCUUCAAUCAGCAGCCUCUUUCUCUCUCUGCUGCUUCUUCUCCAUUCGAUUCGAUCCUCACUUCCCAAUCGCUCUUCCAUUUUUUCUGAACUGAGAUGGCUGGAGGUGUUAUUCAACAAUUAUUGAGGAGGAAACUCCAAUCUCAUUCUCUGAGUUCGUCUGGCUCUACUGGCAGUAACUCCUUAAGAGCCCUUGCUUUAGUAGGAGCUGGUGUCUCAGGUCUUUUGGGUUUUGCAACAACAGCAUCAGCCGAUGAAGCUGAGCAUGGCCUCGCAUCUCCACACUAUCCAUGGCCUCAUGAAGGCAUCCUCAGUUCAUAUGAUCAUGCUUCGAUUCGUCGCGGUCAUCAAGUUUAUACACAAGUCUGUGCUUCCUGCCAUUCCAUGUCUUUGAUAUCAUACCGUGAUUUGGUUGGUGUUGCUUACACAGAAGAAGAGGUAAAGGCCAUGGCUGCUGAGAUUGAGGUGGAAGAUGGCCCUAAUGAUGAGGGCGAGAUGUUUUCACGCCCUGGUAAACUCAGUGACCGAUUUCCUCAGCCAUAUGCAAAUGAAUCAGCUGCUAGGUUUGCUAAUGGAGGAGCCUAUCCUCCAGAUCUAAGUCUUGUUACCAAAGCUCGUCACAAUGGCCAGAACUAUGUGUUUGCCCUCCUAACCGGUUACCGUGACCCCCCUGCUGGCGUUUCGAUCAGAGAAGGAUUGCAUUACAAUCCUUAUUUUCCUGGUGGGGCCAUUGCCAUGCCUAAGAUGCUUAAUGACGGUGCUGUUGAAUAUGAAGAUGGUACCCCUGCCACAGAAGCUCAGAUGGGGAAAGAUGUCGUGUCAUUUUUGUCUUGGGCUGCAGAACCUGAAAUGGAAGAGAGAAAACUGAUGGGAUUCAAAUGGAUAUUUGUACUUUCAUUGGCAUUACUUCAAGCUGCAUAUUAUCGCCGUCUUCGAUGGUCUGUUCUUAAGUCCCGCAAGUUGGUUCUUGAUGUUGUCAACUAAUUUCCUUCACGCCUCAUUUUAAAUUAUGAAAAAGAUUAUUACUGGCAAUAAUUUUGCCAAUUCUGAUCAUGUCAUAUUCGUUGGAGUUACAGAAAAGCAUGUUUUGUUUAUUGUUUGAAGUAGAAAUAAAGCUGGAACCCCCUUCUCAAACGAAUGUAUUUACCUUCUUGAGGAACCCUCUUACACUUGUUUAAUUUGGAAUUUGAGAUGAUUGUUAAGUGACUGGGGUUUAUUUUUGGUUAUAUUUAGUAAAGAUUAAAAGAAGGGAAAAGGGAGUGGCAUAAUGUUCUUGUUUGAAAUUGGAAACAAAGUUCCCUUUUAAUUCAUUUUUAUUCCGUCA